CUUUGGUUGAUAAUUAAUAUGACACAACACCAUUUUUGUAAAGCCUUGAAGAUGAUGCUGUCUCUGAUGGAUACUUGUGGGUCACCAAGAGGGCUGCUUAAAAGCAAUAAAAUGCCAUUUUUCAAUGAUCAACCACUUUGACUAAAAGUGAAGUUCUCAGUCUAUCUGCUGUCAAGCAGUUUUAUGCUUAGAUUUGAAUCCUUUCAUUCCUUCAGCCUAGCAAACUGGAGAAUUUUGGCUCGUUUAAACGUUAAUUUGUUUUCUACUUGUCACCUUUGCAGAAAUUGUGAGAAUUGCUUUCAGGAAAAUAACAAUGCUUUCCCCCCUUUCAUUAUCUGACUUAGUUUUAUCUAAAAUGAAGACCCCCAAAUCUGCAUCAUGUUGCACUCCAAGGAGACAAAAGAAUAGUUUGAAUGAUUCCAAGGAUAAUUUCUUCUCCUAUCUCACAAGCAAGUAUGGAUCUGCCAAAAAAGGCAACCGAGGUUUGCUCACGCAACGAAAGUCCCAGGAAUGCCAGGAGAGGAAGCCGCUCGCUCAGCACCAUUUCUGUCUCCAUUUGUGUUUAGCGACAGUGAUGAUGAUUCAGUCUUUGUCAAAGGUACGCCGAGGGGUCUGUGGCAGCCGAGCAGUCAGGAGUGGGCGUGGAGGAGCACACCCGCUCCUGCUGCUCCCGGGGACAGCCCAGAUUCUUCCCAGAGCGAGGCAGAACGAGGUUCUGCGAAGGCGCAUGUGAAAGGCACAGCCCAGAGCCGGCAGCCCAGAUCAAAGGCCGUGUUGGGAUCAGACAGCUCAGAUGAGGAGGUGGACAGUCUUCUGGUACGCCUGCAGCAAAGAGGGCUCUUUCCUGCAAACAAGAGGGUCACAGCCCGAAAGACCCCCACUGGUAAGAGGUGGCUCCAGCCUUCCCUCGAAAGCCUCCGCCCAGCUGUGGAGAGUGAGAGUGCCCUUCCAGCAUGGCAGCCCAGGUCUCCUGUUCCUGACACCACACCGAUUUCUGCUCGGCUUCCCAACAGCAAGGUGCUUGUUGAUGUUGGCCAGAUGAGGAAUUUGUGCCAGGUCGAGGGCUGCUUCUUGCAAGAGCUGUCGGACCCAGAGUCCCGGCAAUCCAAGCAUUUCCGGAGCCGAAAGGAGGAGCUGGCGCAGAACCUGUACGCUUUUUAUAACCGUUCUGUGUUUGAGCAAAAGUUGCCGGAGAAAAUGGAGAUUAUCUGGAAUAAGAAGAUGCGGAAAACAGCAGGGUGCUGUGUAACUGGCCAGCGGAAGGACCCUAAAGGGCAGCGCUAUGCUCGGAUAAUGCUUUCGGAAAAAGUCUGUGACUCUGCAGAUCGACUUCGGGACACACUGAUUCAUGAACUCUGCCAUGCAGCUACGUGGCUCAUCCACGGCCUUCGAGAUGGGCAUGGCCGGUUUUGGAGCUUCUAUGCCCAGAAGUCUGCCAUCGUCCACCCAGAGCUCCCGGUGGUGUCGCGGUGCCACAACUAUGAGAUCAAAUACAAGUUCACCUAUGAAUGUUCUUGUUGCAAAACCACGAUUGGGCGCCACUCCAAAUCCCUGGACACGCAGCGCUUUGUCUGUGCCCUUUGCAAAGGGCAGUUUGUGCUAUGCCAACCCAUGCAGAAAGAUGGCACGCCUGCUAAAGCGCCCCUUGCUCCAUUUGCAAAGUACGUGAAGGAAAACUACGGCUCCGCUAAGCGCACGCAACAAGACUUGAGCCACAGGGCAAUCAUGAAGAAACUCAGCGCAGAUUUUGCAGCCCAGGCUAGUCUCCACAGCCCUUGUCCUCCUCCCGAGAAGGACUAGGACAGCGGUCCCGGACCCAUUGCUGCACGAGUCGGAAGCCGGGCCCCGUGGGAAGGCUGCCCAGAAGGGAAGGGGCCCUUGGGGCGGCCUUCUG